CUACUGGCGUUCCAGACCACUGGUGAGGGUAUCGAGCGCGCGGCAUGUUUGAGACGUUGGAAAGGCCGGACAAGCUUUUCUCUCUUUUCAAUUUUCCCAGCAUACCGGGUCGAUGCUCCUCUCAUUAAGCUUAAAAGCCAGACGGGUUUGUCGGUUACUGCUGUCAGGUUCGUCCGCGAUGCCGUGUCUAGCAUAGUCGACGUCGUGUGUGGUCCAGAUGUCCUGCCGAACACCCGAGAUGGGAAAAUCGACAUCCCAAUGGCACUCUUGGGGGAGCUCUGUCCACCAUCACCACCACCAUCUCUACCACCCCUUCUCUCACCCCCCGUAUGGACGACAAGACGGCUGGACCAACCCCCAGAAGACAACAGGAAGGCUGGUCCCUGCUCCAUCUGUUCUCUGGUUGUCUCCCCGGGGCUGAAAGUGAAGGGUGUGAUAUGGGGGAGGUGA